GGAGCGCGGUGGUUCAAUUUUACGGAUUUUCAGCUGUUUUUGCUACAACUUUUUUCCUCCGUACUGCUGGCCUUGUUGGUGCUGAUCGCAUUAUCCUGGCGCAAGUACGGCAACCGAAUAACGAACCGUUUCAUCCGACCGAGCACUGCUAAGGAGAUUGAGGAGCUGAAGCUUUCGGUGGCUCGAUUGAACCUGCCCAAGGAGCAUACGCCGAGGAUCUAACGAAACAACGACGACAAACGAUGGCACCGAGUAAGAUAAAGAACUUUUUCCUGAAAAAGAAAGCCGAAGCGAAGCUAAAGCUCGGCGUUGCCGGUCCCGGAAGGAAGCUCAAUUCGGAAGCACCACCACCAUCGAAGGCCAGCUCGUCGAAGCAGAAGGACGUGUAUAUUCCACCGAAACGGAACGAACUGUCGGCCGAAGCGAAAGCUGCUGCAAAUGCCGCACUGGCACGCUUCGAAGGAAAGGACAAGAAGGAGUUCAACACCUCCCUAGCAGCCAUCCGCGCACAGGUCCGCAAAGAGCUGGAAGCGGAAAGGAAAGCCAAAGAAACGGACCAUACAUCGGAGCAGGAAACACCCGAGCCGGAUACUGCUGCCCAGGAGGCACGCAGUGAUUAUGCGGUUCGGGGUGUAUUUUUCCGCUGCCCAAUGAUAGGGGAUGAAAUUUUACCGUACAAGGAAUGGAAAGGCAAAAUUAAAGAAUUUCUCUACGAGCAGCUGGCAGCCGAUAGGGGUCUUACGGCCUGUCUGAUCAUCUACAACUGCAAUCCCAAAGAUAAGGCCGAGGUGUGCAUCGAAACGCUAACCAAAUGUAUCGAAAACAUCGUAAAUAACCCGAACGAGGAGAAGUACAAGAAGUUACGCAUGAGCAACCGUAUGUUUUGCGACAAGAUUAAGGUGUGCGAAGGUUCGCUCGAUUUUCUCCGUGCGGCCGGGUUUGCCGAGAUCGAGCUGGACAAUGAACCGCACCUGAUCUGGUCGGAGGAUAACAUCGAUCCGGAGUGUUCGCUUGAGGUGUUGCUUGAAGCACUGAAAGCUGCCGAAACGAUUCCGGUAGUGCUGGACCGCAAUCUGCAGGUGUUGCUACCGUCACAGGUAAAGCGUAACAAUCUGCCGCCAGAUUUCUUCCGAAUAUCGGCGGAAGAAAUCAAGCGCGAGCAGCAGCUGCGCACCGAAGCGAUCGAACAGGCGCAAAUUCUCAAAACGAAAGCGAUGCGCGAACGGGAGGAGCUACGCACGAUUAAUCGUUACAAGUUUUCGCUGAUCCGUGUGCGAUUUCCGAACGGUGUGUACCUGCAGGGUACGUUCAACGUGUACGAAAAGUUUGGCCAGGUGUGGGAAUUCGUCCAGUCGUGUUUGAUGCACGAAUCGGCUGAGUUUGCCCUGCUUUUGCCCGGUGGACAGAAAUUCGACGAGCGAGAAGAUUUGGAUAAGUCGCUGUACGAUUUACGACUCGUUCCAACGGUCGUGUUUAAUUUUAUGUACGAAAACGAAUCCAAGAAUCUGACCGACUUUCUAAAGGAAGAGUUGAUGCUGCUGAUUCAAUCGUUUUAAUAAAGUAUUUCGAAUCCCCUCCGGUCACAAGUAAACAAAUCAGUGUACAGACCGAUCCGGCUCCGUUUUGAACCUACAAUGUGUUGCACGAUGUUAAAUUAUAUAUUUUUAUUCGUAACAUUAUACUAACUUAAAGGCAGCGUGUAAAAAAAAAACAUGUAAGGUGUGAAUAAUUGUGAUCAGUGAAGUAUAAUAUUGCAAUAAAGCGAUGAAGUACC